CUCCCCCCUCCACGCCAGGCUCAAUCCCCAUGCCAGCUGGGCAAUACCAUAACCAACGCUAGCCCGGUGUGAUCUAGCCAGCGUUUCUUGGCAACCGCCACCCUGCCCCACGCCCCACGGUCUAACAAGCCAAAUUCAAGUAGGUUAGGAGCAACACAUCUAUUUGUAAGCGUUCAAAUCGUGAGCAUAUCUUUUUCCAUGAAUACGGUGGACAAGUGCAAAUCAUAGACGCCUUAUUAUAGCAAGAGGAAAUAAAAGCAUGAGAUUGCUAAUUAGUAUAUGGGAACGUCCGAUCAACUUCCAUGUAUAGCCAAUCACCUGACAUCCUCCUACAUUCAUGCUUCACGCUCAGAAUUCCAACCAUCUUCUCGAUCGUAACCGAACACCAACAAAACAUCCAUUCAUCCAAAAAACCCUUCCUUCUUUCUGUUUCUAAUUCCCUCAUCAGUGUGAAGCCAUGUGAUAAAAGAGUAGGCAUUGGAGUUCUUGAUCAAUACACGGAAACGCUAUUGUCGUAGACUUUAAUCACUUAUGGCCGAUCCAAGAGCUAUCUAGCAACUUGUGUCAUGGAUCGUGAGACAAAAGAACAUGGUAGACUGAACUUUUCAUAUUCAUCUGCCAGCAGUGAUGUCUUUGAACCUACAUCAGUCAAUGAUGCUAAGACACGGACAUCUGUGAUAGAGUGGUUGAACAGCACACUUCCAAAUCUGAAUUUGCCUGUCAAUGCUUCAGAUGAGGAGUUGAGAACCCUUUUAGCUGAUGGUAUUAUUCUGUGUCGACUUAUGAACAGACUUAGACCAGUAUCGGAUAUCGAGUAUGGUAAUCCUCGUCAGUCAUCAGAGGCCCACUCAGAAAAUGUUAGCAAGUUUCUUGCAGCUAUGGAUGAGAUGGGUCUACCCCAUUUUAAUAAAUCAGAGCUAGAGAAGGGAUCCAUGAAAAUAGUAUGGGAAAGCCUCUUAACGCUUAAAGCACAUUUCAUGCCAAAGAUUGCAACAUAUAGUCCUAAUGCUUCCUCGCCAAAAAGUUUUGCAAGUGACUCUUUGAGAUGGAAACAUACAGAUGAACACGGUGGAACUAGUGAUAGCUUCCAAGAAGACACAUCCCCUCGUAAAGUUCAGCGGGCUUUACGCAAUUCUGAGGCUACAGGUGCGUUGAUGCACCAUGCUGGACAUAAGUUUCAUGAAGUUUUUCAGAUGAAACAUGGUGGCUAUUCCGAUCUUCCUGCGGCAAAAAUCUCAGAAUUGAUGAAAUCAAAUAGUUUGGAUAUUGCCCCGACACAGUCGCUUCUAAGCAUGGUUAAUGGGAUUUUAGAUGAAAGCAUGGGCAGGAAGAAUGGUGAAAUACCUCAUCGUGUUGCUUGCCUCAUGAGGAAAGUCGUGCAGGAGAUUGAACGGCGUAUUUCUACUCAAGCUGAACAUUUACGGACUCAAAACAAUCUUUUUAAAACCCGUGAAGAGAAAUACCAGUCAAGAAUUAGAGUCCUUGAAGCCCUUGCAAAUGGCACCAGUGGAGAGACAAAGGCAGUAAUCAGCCACUUUGACCACAUGAAGAUGAUGAUGAGCCCAUUUGACCAGAUAAAGGUUGACGUGACCAGAACAGGAAGUAGCAAGAAGGAUCCAGUUUUACAGGCAGAUAAGACGAUACUGUCUCAGGAAAAGAAAAUCGAGGAUGAGGAAGCAAAGAUGAAAGAAAAGGAUAGCAAAAGUAGUGAAAUUGCAGCUUUGAAGAAAGAAAAGGAUAGCAAAAGUAGUGAAAUUGCAGCUUUGAAGCAAGAAUUGGAGAAUGCCAGAAAAACACAUGAAGACCAAAAAGAAGCUGCAAGAAAAUCUCAACUAGAUCUUGAGAAGCAACUAAAAGAUGUUGAAAAUCGUCUGAUAGAAUCACAGAUGAACUUGGAAGAUGUUGAGGCUAAAUCUCGUUCUAAAAGUCAAUGGUGGACCAACAAGGAGCACAUUUACAAAACAUUUACAGAAUUCCAACUUGGUGCAUUAAAGGAACUAAGAUUUGCUUCUCAAUCAGUACGCCAGGAACUUUUAAAAACUCAAAAGACCUACGCGCAAGAUUUUGAUAACUUAGGAACAAAGUUCAAAGUUCUGAAAGAUGCAGUAGAAAGCUACGAUGAAGCUGUUUCUGAAAAUCAGAAGCUACACAAUGAAAUACAAGAAUUAAAAGGAAAUAUUAGGGUUUAUUGCCGGAUAAGACCAUUUCUUCCUGGUCAAAAGGAUAAUCAAUCAACGGUUGAUUAUAUUGGUGACAAUGGAGAGCUAAUUGUUUUCAAUCCCUCCAAACCAGGGAAAGAAAGUCGCAGGUCAUUUAAGUAUAAUAAGGUGUAUGGUCCACAUGCUACUCAAGCUGAGGUAUAUGGAGAUAUACAACAAUUGGUACGAUCGGUUUUGGAUGGAUACAAUGUGUGUAUAUUUGCGUAUGGUCAAACCGGAUCUGGAAAAACCUACACUAUGAGUGGCCCUGAUAAAGGAACUGAAGAAGAAUGGGGAGUCAAUUAUCGUGCUUUAAAUGAUCUAUUCAGAAUCUCACAAAGUAGAAGCACUUACAAAUAUGAAGUUGGGGUUCAAUUAGUUGAAAUAUAUAACGAACAAGUUAGAGACUUGCUAGCAAACGAUGCUGCUCCAAAAAAACUUGGGAUUUUAGCAACAGCAAGUUUAGCUGUCCCAGAUGCUAACAUGCGUGAGGUUAGUGAACCAGCUGAUGUGUUGAGAUUAAUGGAGAUUGGAUUUAAAAACAGAGCUAGAAGUAGUACUUCCAUGAAUGAAAGAAGCAGCAGAUCACACAGUGUUGUUACAAUCCAUGUUCAUGGAACGGACCUGAAGAACGGUGGGUCUGUAAAUGCUGGUCUUCAUUUGGUAGAUCUUGCAGGAAGCGAAAGAAUAGACCGGGCUGAGGUGGUUGGGGAUCGGCUCAAGGAAGCACAGCAUAUAAACAAAUCUUUAGCGGCUCUUGGAGAUGUCAUCUUUGCCUUGGCUCAGAAAAGUCCGCAUGUUCCGUUCAGAAAUAGCAAGCUUACUCAGGUCCUUCAAUCCUCUCUAGGUGGUCAAGCAAAGACACUUAUGCUUGUGCAGCUCAAUCCAGAAGCUUCUUCAUAUGCUGAAAGUUUGAGUACCUUGAAGUUUGCUGAACGGGUUUCCGGAGUGGAGCUGGGACCCGCUCGUAGUAACCAAGAGGCCAGUAAUGUCAAGGAUCUCAUGGAACAGGUAGCCUCGUUGAAAAGUACAAUUGCAAAGAAGGAUGAGGAAAUUGAAAAGCUACAAGCUAUUAAAGACAAGAAAAGCUCACAUCCACCAAGUGUUGGUCAACGUUCAUUGAGGUACGGGUCUUCUUCCCCAGUUUCUAAAGUAGGAAGCAGCAACAAGCGAACAGAUAGCAUUCGUGGCCGUAUGUCUCUGGACGGCUACGGCUAUAAACCAGUCAGAAAGGGGCAAUCGCCAGUUUCAAGUCAUGGGGAAGACACGGAUAGCUCCCUUGAAGGCAGCCCUUCCCGUGAUGGUUCCAAAUCACUUCACAGCACAAGCAAGCCGAAAACAGGCAGUAGAAUUUCUCGCCCACUGACAAAAAUAUCCAAGGACCUUCCUAAAGCUGCAAAAGGCAUGUUUAAGUCUACAAGUGGUAGCAGUUUGACUGCCAAAAGUCCUUCAAAGAGAUGGUGAAGUGAAAGAAUGAGCUAUUGCAGACUUAUCAAGCAUACUACUGGAUCAAGCAUGGAUUUGAGAAAGGUGAGUACACAAAGUUUUCUACAUGAGAACCACACAUCAACAUGAAAUGGAAGUUUUUGAAAAUAAAGUAGUAAGUGGUCAGAUUAGAUUAUAUUGUAAUUUAAUGAGAGUACACAUUUGAGAAUUUGUAUGUGCGUACGUGAUAAGUAACAACAAAACUAGAUAAGCUUAGAUGUGAAAUAUAUGAGUUAAUCGUAGAUAACUAAUCACAAAUAAGCUUAGUCA